AUGACGUCAUCUAGUGAGGGCGAAAUCCUACAAGUCUCCCAAGUGAUCCGAGAAAGAUGGAAAAUACGCCAGAAAAUAGGUGGCGGCGGAUUCGGCGAGAUAUAUGAGGCUCUCGAUAUUCAAAACCACAACGAGCGGGUAGCUGUUAAGGUUGAAUCGAGCAAGGCUGCUAAACAAGUGCUGAAAAUGGAAGUAGCAGUACUACGUCGACUUCAGGGCAAAAAACAUGCGUGUAAAUUCUACGGGUGUGGAAGGAAUGACAAAUUCAACUAUUUGGUAAUGAGCCUUCAAGGAAAGAAUCUUGCCGAUCUGCGAAGAGAGGCUCCUAAACAGUGCUUCAGUCUGAGCACAGCGAUUCGCUUGGGUGUGCAGAUUCUGAACGCCAUCAGUGAGAUACACUCGAUAGGGUUUCUUCAUAGGGACAUAAAACCGUCAAAUUUUGCCAUGGGACGUAGCACAUCCACAAUGCGCAAGGUGUUCAUGCUGGACUUCGGCUUGGCACGGCAGUACUUGAACGCCAAGGGAGAGAUCAGAAGCCCACGGAGCGCGGCUGGCUUUCGAGGCACCGUGCGCUAUGCUGCUGUAUCGGCACAUAAGAAUAAGGAAAUGGGUCGACAUGACGAUUUAUGGUCGCUGUUCUACAUGAUGGCGGAGUUCUUACAAGGACAACUGCCGUGGAGAAAAAUUAAAGAUAAAGAUGAGGUGGGCCGAAUGAAAGAGGAUGUUGAUUUGGCUAUGCUUUUGGAGGAUUGCCCCGAUGAGUUGCAUCAAUUCGCCGCUCACCUCAGAACGCUUUCUUAUCCGGAUUCCCCUGAUUAUGAUCUUUUGGAAAGCCUACUAGUCCAGGUCAUAAACAAGAAUUCUAUACCAAUGGAUGAGCCCUACGAUUGGGAAUUGGGUUACGAGAAUCUCUCCGGCCGCGGAAAGGCGAACGGAAACGUCUCGGCCCGAAUGAAGUCGCACACCACGGCUGUUAUUCGUGACCAACGCUACGAGGAGAAGAACAGAGCACUGGACACUCAGGCGCCAAUCACAAUGGGUGAAGAUGAGGACGAGCAGACGAAUGGCCAGUGCCCACAAAUCGUUGCAAAUCUGGGCGAGAGUGCCCACGAGAAACACGAGAAGCCAAAAUACAAGCGCCACGAAUUCCUGAAGCCAAAAUAUGCAGUCGUAAACAUGGAUGUUAUCGAUGCUGUGAAUGCUCGACUGGCAGCCUGUGAUGACCGUCAGCAGGACGAUACAAAAGAUGUAGAGCCAAAUGCAUUGCGCAUCUUUUUUGGAUUUAUCACUGUCGAGAGCUUUAUCUCUUAUUUUUUCGACGUAAACACUGAGAAAAUGUAUUCUAUUCAGAUUUCGUUAAACCAGCGUUAUAAUAAGAAGUCGGCAACAGCAACAACAGAUGAAGCAAUGAUGGACGACCCACCUGGAAGUAAUCCCAGGACAGCAGCAACGAUAUUGAGCAAAUGGCAAUGUGAGUUGUUCGAACACACACCCAUGCAUCGAGCUCACAGUUGUGGAACUCCUCAACCGUCAAGUAUCAUUUCUCAUUUUAAGGGACUCAUCAACUCGUUCAAUAAUUUCGGCUGCGGGAAUCGGCUAUCUCGUGGCGUUUCUGUCGAUGAAAGAAGCUUUUCACCGGUAACUCGAAUGUUUCAUUUGUCAGAAAUGCGCACCAGCACCUCAGCUGGUCUACGAAUAUCUCCAACAGUGACGACGUCGAAGAUAGCCGCUCGUGUGAAUGCCGUCGACCGCAACGACGAUGAAAAGGAACAGCGACGUCAGCGGAGACUCGGAAGGCGGAGUAUUGACUCUAACGUUAGGGUACCGCUGCCGCCAAGCGCUUCGCCGAUCGAACUGCCACCACCAUCUCCUAUACGACUUGUGCAGCGUUCGGUUGUCCACGCUCCUGUAGAAAGUGUGGUAAAAUUGCGCGAUGCCGUAGAUGACGAGCAGUUUCGGAUUCCGCUCGAGGAUAACAACAAACCAAUCCUAUUCUACAAACGGAAGCGAUACCAGUUCCUGAAUUUCCCGAAGGCCUCAUCAAAAUCAUAG